UUAUUCAAAGAAAUAUCCAUCGUCGAAGAUGGCUUCGUCACCACUUAUCGCCACGUCACUACCGCAGAAUCAGUUAACCACCGCCACCGCAACCGCCAGAUUCCGCCUUCCGCCGCCAGAGAAACUUGCAGUUUUAAUCGACAAUUCGAAUUCAGUGGAUGAAGUGCUCCAAAUCCACGCAGCUAUUCUCCGUCAUAAUCUCCUCCUCCACCCUCGUUACCCAGUUCUAAACCUCAAGCUCCACCGUGCAUACGCUUCUCACGGCAAAAUUCGCCACUCGUUGGCCUUAUUUCACCAGACGAACGAUCCAGACUUGUUCCUCUUCACCGCCGCGAUCAACACUGCCUCCAUUAACGGCCUCAAAGACCAAGCUUUCCUGCUUUACGUUCAAUUGCUUUCUUCUGAAAUUGUCCCGAAUGAGUUUACUUUCUCGUCGAUUUUGAAAUCUUGCUCAACUAAGUCCGAAAUUGAUCCAUACCCAUCUAUGAUCGCUUGCUAUGCAAAGCAGGGGAACGUUGAGGCUGCGAGAGCUUUGUUCGAUAGAAUGUGUGAGAGAGACAUUGUUUCUUGGAACGUGAUGAUUGAUGGAUACUCUCAACAUGGGUUCCCUAGUGACGCUCUGAUGCUUUUUCAGAAACUUUUGGCGGAAGGUACACCGAAACCUGAUGAAAUAACCGUUGUAGCUGCUCUUUCAGCUUGUUCGCAGAUUGGAGCGCUUGAAACUGGUCGUUGGAUCCAUGUUUUUGUCAAUAGCAGUCGCAUUAGGUUCAAUGUUAAAGUGUGUACGGCUCUGAUUGAUAUGUAUAGCAAAUGUGGGAGCUUGGAAGAGGCAGUUUUAGUGUUUAACGAUACUCCAAGAAAGGAUAUUGUUGCGUGGAAUGCGAUGAUUACUGGUUACGCAAUGCACGGUUGUAGCCAAGACGCGUUGAGAUUGUUUGAUGAGAUGCAGGGGAUCACAGGGUUGCAACCAACGGAUAUAACUUUCAUAGGAACACUUCAGGCUUGUGCUCAUGCUGGUUUGGUAAACGAAGGGAUAAGAAUCUUUGAGUCAAUGGGACAAGAGUAUGGGAUUAAACCCAAGAUCGAACAUUAUGGAUGCUUAGUUAGUCUGCUCGGUCGUGCUGGCCAGUUAAAACGGGCUUACGAAAUCAUAAAAAACAUGAACAUGGAGGCUGAUUCUGUCUUAUGGAGUUCUGUUCUCGGAAGCUGUAAAGUUCAUGGAGAAUUUAUGUUAGGCAAGGAAAUUGCAGAGUAUCUGAUUGGACAAAACAUCACAAACUCAGGAAUUUAUGUUCUUCUUUCGAACAUAUAUGCAUCCUUGGGUGAUUAUGAAGGUGUUGCAAAAGUGAGGAACUUGAUGAAGGAGAAAGGUAUAGUGAAAGAGCCCGGUAUAAGCACAAUAGAAAUCAAUAACAAAGUUCAUGAAUUCCGAGCUGGAGAUAGAGAACACUCGGAAAGCAAAGAAAUUUACACAAUGCUAAGAAAAAUCAUCGAGCGGAUCAAGUCUCACGGUUAUGUUCCAAAUACAAACACGGUCUUGCAGGAUCUUGAAGAGACAGAGAAAGAGCAAUCUCUACAAGUUCACAGCGAGAGACUCGCGAUUGCAUACGGUCUAAUCAGUACCAAACCAGGAAGUCCCUUGAAAAUAUUCAAGAACCUACGAGUGUGUUCGGAUUGUCAUACGGUGACAAAACUGAUAUCGAAAAUCACAGGACGGAAAAUCGUCAUGAGAGAUCGGAAUAGGUUCCAUCAUUUCACAGAUGGCUCUUGCUCUUGUGGCGAUUUCUGAUUCUUGAUCGGAAAAAUCAUACGAAAGCCAAAUCUUCCUCCGAGUCCGGCAUGGUCGUUACCGGUGAUUGGUCAUCUCCGUCUCCUCAAACCACCGAUUUAUCGCACUUUCCUUUCACUUUCACAAUCCCUAAACGAUGCUCCGAUCUUCUCCCUCCGACUCGGUAACCGACUCGUUUUCGUGAACUCGUCGCACUCGAUCGCCGAGGAAUGUUUCACCAAGAACGACGUCGUACUCGCGAAUCGCCCAAACUUCAUCCUCGCUAAACAUGUCGCGUACGAUUACACAACCAUGAUCGCAGCUUCUUACGGUGACCACUGGCGUAACCUCCGCCGCAUCGGCUCCGUCGAGAUAUUCUCCAAUCACCGGCUUAACAGCUUUCUAUCUGUUCGUAAAGACGAGAUCCGGCGACUUGUGUUUCGUCUUUCUCGGAACUUUUCACAAGAGUUUGUGAAGGUGGAGAUGAAAUCGAUGUUAUCUGAUUUAACAUUCAACAACAUUAUCAGAAUGGUGGCCGGAAAACGUUACUACGGAGACGGUGUUGAGGAUGAUCCGGAGGCUAAACGAGUCCGCCAGCUUAUUGCGGAUGUGGUAGCUUGUGCUGGUGCCGGAAACGCUGUUGAUUAUUUACCGAUUUUGCGGUUAGUUUCAGAUUACGAGACACGGGUUAAGAAGUUGGCGGGUAGGCUCGACGAGUUCUUGCAAGGAUUGGUUGAUGAGAAACGAGAAGCUAAGGAGAAAGGAAACACGAUGGUCGAUCACUUACUUACUCUGCAAGAAUCCCAACCGGAUUACUUCACUGAUCGUAUCAUCAAAGGAAACAUGCUUGGUUUGAUUCUAGCAGGGACCGACACAUCAGCGGUUACGUUAGAAUGGGCAUUGUCGAACCUGUUGAACCAUCCGGAGGUAUUGAACAAGGCGAGAGAUGAAAUCGAUAGAAAGAUAGGUUUAGACAGGCUUAUGGACGAAUCAGACAUCUCAAAUCUACCAUAUCUCCAAAACAUUGUAUCUGAAACGUUGCGCCUUUAUCCUGCGGUUCCCAUGCUUCUUCCUCACGUUGCCUCGGAGGAUUGUAAAGUUGCAGGAUAUGAUAUGCCGCGUGGCACGAUGCUAUUGACCAAUGCAUGGGCUAUACACAGAGAUCCUCGGCUAUGGGAUGAUCCAAUGAGCUUCAAGCCAGAGAGGUUUGAGAAAGAAGGAGAGGCUCAGAAGCUAAUGCCGUUUGGGUUAGGAAGAAGGGCGUGUCCUGGUUCUGGACUGGCUCAUCGGCUAAUAAACCUGACUAUUGGAUCAUUGAUUCAGUGUAUGGAAUGGAAGAGGAUUGGAGAUGAAGAAGUGGAUAUGAGUGAAGGCAAAGGACUUACAAUGCCUAAAGCCAAGCCUCUGGAAGCCAUGUGUAGAGCACGUGCCUCUGUUGUUAAACUCUUCAACGAAAUCAAGAGGAAGCUCAACCUUCCUCCAAGUCCUGCAUGGGCGUUACCGGUGAUCGGUCACCUCCGCCUUCUCAAGCCACCACUCCACCGUGUUUUCCUCUCCGUCUCUCAAUCUUUAGGCAACGCUCCGAUCAUCUCCCUCCGUCUCGGCAAUAGACUCAUUUUCGUUGUCUCUUCACACUCAAUCGCCGAGGAAUGCUUCACUAAGAACGACGUCAUACUCGCGAACCGACAAAACACAAUUUCUACCAAACACAUCUCAUACGGCAACUCAACCGUGGUCUCAGCUUCGUACAGCGAACACUGGAGAAAUCUCCGGCGCAUCUGCGCCUUAGAGAUAUUCUCGGCUCAUAGACUCAAUAGCUUUUCCUCUAUUCGCCGCGAUGAGAUCCGGCGGCUUAUAGGUCGUCUCUUAAGGAACUCUUCAUACGGAUUUGCCAAGGUUGAAAUGAAAUCAAUGUUUUCUGACUUAACAUUCAACAACAUCAUUAGAAUGCUGGCUGGAAAAUGUUACUACGGAGACGGUAAAGAAGAUGACCCCGAGGCCAAACGCGUGCGAGAGCUUAUUGCAGAGGCGAUGAGUUCUUCUGGUCCUGGAAACGCUGCUGAUUAUAUACCAGUCCUGACUUGGAUCACAUAUUCCGAGAAACGGAUAAAGAAGCUCGCCAGUAGGCUUGAUGAGUUCUUGCAAGAAUUGGUCGAUGAGAAACGAGAAGGAAAGGAGAAGAGGCAGAACACUAUGGUUGAUCACUUGCUUUGUCUGCAAGAAACCCAACCAGAGUACUACACGGACCGCAUCAUCAAAGGAACCAUGCUUUCUCUUAUAGCAGGGGGGACAGAUACAUCAGCGGUAACAUUGGAAUGGGCAUUGUCAAGCUUGUUGAACAAUCCGGAGGUACUGAACAAGGCGAGAGACGAGAUCGAUAGAAAGAUCGGUGUAGACAAGCUUUUGGAGGAAUCAGACAUCCCAAAUCUUCCUUAUCUUCAGAACAUUGUAUCUGAAACGUUACGUCUGUAUCCUGCAGCCCCCAUGCUGCUUCCUCACGUCGCCUCUAAAGAUUGUAAAGUUGCGGGAUACGAUAUGCCACAUGGCACGAUGCUAUUGACUAAUGCAUGGGCUAUACAUAGAGAUCCUCGGCUAUGGGAUGAUCCAACGAGCUUCAAGCCAGAGAGGUUCGAGAAAGAAGGAGAGGCUCAUAAGCUAUUGCCGUUCGGGCUAGGUAGAAGGGCAUGUCCUGGGUCCGGUUUGGCUCAGCGGCUAGUGACCUUGAGUCUCGGGUCUUUGAUUCAAUGUUUUGAGUGGGAGAGGAUUGGAGAAGAAGAGGUAGAUAUGACUGAAGGUCCAGGACUCACAAUGCCUAAAGCUAGACCGUUGGUAGCCAUGUGCAGAGCACGUGUCUUUGUUGGUAAAAUCUUACCCGAAAUCAAGCCAAAGCCUAACCUUCCUCCGAGUCCGGCUUGGGCGUUACCAGUGAUAGGUCACCUCCGCCUUCUCAAGCCACCGCUCCACCGAGUUUUCCUCUCCGUCUCGCAAUCCCUAGGCGACACUCCGAUCAUCUCCCUCCGUCUUGGCAACCGACUGGUUUUCGUUGUCUCUUCACACUCAAUCGCCGAGGAAUGCUUCACUAAGAACGACGUCGUACUCGCGAACCGCUUUAACUCCCUUGCUUCAAAACACAUCUCAUAUGGCUGCACCACCGUGGUUACAGCUUCGUACAGCGACCACUGGAGAAAUCUCCGCCGUAUUGGCGCUAUCGAGAUAUUCUCGGCUCACCGGCUCAAUAGCUUUUCCUCCAUCCGCCGAGACGAGAUCCGGCGGCUUAUAACUUGUCUCUCACGGAACUCUUCACUCGAAUUUGCAAAGGUUGAGAUGAAAUCAAUGUUUUCUAACUUAACAUUCAACAACAUCAUAAGAAUGGUGGCCGGAAAAUGUUACUAUGGAGACGGUGCAGAGAAUGAUCCGGAGGCUAAACGCGUGCGGGAGCUUAUCGCGGAGGGGAUGAGUUGUUUUGGUGCCGGAAACACUGCUGAUUAUUUACCGGUCAUGAGUUGGAUUACAGGUUCCGAGAAACGGAUAAAGAAGAUCGCUGGUAGGCUUGAUGAGUUCUUGCAAGGAUUGGUCGAUGAGAAACGAGAAGGGAAGGAGAAGAGGGAGAACACAAUGGUCGAUCACUUGCUUCGUCUGCAAGAAACACAAUCCGAGUACUACACGGACAACAUUAUCAAAGGGAUCAUGCUCAGGUUCGAGAAAGAAGGGGAGGCUCAUAAGCUAAUGGCGUUCGGGCUAGGAAGAAGGGCGUGUCCUGGGUCCGGUUUGGCUCAACGGCUAGCUAGCUUGACUAUCGGGUCUUUGAUUCAAUGUUUUGAGUGGGAGAGGAUUGGUGAAGAAGAGGUGGAUAUGAGUGAAGGUGGCGGAGGAGUCAUAAUGCCUAAAGCUAUACCGUUGGUCGCCAUGUGCAAAGCACGUGCCUUUGUUGGUAAAAUCCUCGACGAAUCCAAACGGAAACUGCACCUUCCUCCGUCUCCGGGGAUCUCCUUGCCAGUGAUCGGGCACCUCCACCUUCUCAAGCCACCGCUUCACCGGACGUUCCUUUCCCUCUCCCAAUCCAUCGGAAAUGCUCCGAUCUUCCAUCUCCGCCUCGGAAAUCGCCUCGUUUAUGUCAUCUCUUCACGUUCUAUCGCCGAAGAAUGUUUCACAACGAACGACGUCGUUCUCGCGAACCGUCCCAAGUUCACGAUAAGCAAGCACCUCGGCUACAACGCCACCUACUUACUCUCGGCAUCUUACGGCGAUCAUUGGAGGAACCUCCGCCGCAUCGCCGCCGUCGAGAUAUUCUCCACUCAUAGACUCAAUUUGUUUCUGUAUAUUCGUAAGGACGAGAUCCGACGGCUCAUUUCACAUCUCUCUCGAGAUUCCUUACACGGAUUUGUGGAGGUAGAGAUGAAAACAUUAUUAACCAAUUUGGCAUCCAACACCACCAUCAUAAUGUUGGCCGGGAAGAGAUAUUUUGGUGAGGACAACGAUGAAGCUAAACUCGUGAAGCAUCUUGUGUCGGAGGCGGUGACCAGCGCCGGUGCAGGAAACCCCAUUGAUUAUCUUUCGAUUUUACGUUGGGUCACGAGUUAUGAAAAACGAAUCAAGAAUUUGGGAAAGAGGUUUGAUGCGUUUUUGCAGCGAUUAGUCGACGAAAAACGUGCAGAAAAGGAAAAAGGUGAAACUAUGAUCGAUCGCUUGCUUGCUCUCCAAGACAUUCAACCUGAUUACUAUACGGAUGUCAUCAUCAAAGGAAUCAUACUUUCCCUCGGUAAUGCUCCGAUCUUCCACCUCCGCCUGGGAAACCGCCUCGUUUACGUUAUCUCCUCACAUUCCAUAGCCGAAGAAUGUUUCACUAAAAACGACGUCGUUCUUGCGAAUCGUCCUGAUAUCAUCAUGGCCAAACACGUCGGCUAUAACUAUACCAAUAUGAUUGCAGCACCUUACGGCGACCACUGGAGGAAUCUCCGCCGCAUCGCCGCCGUCGAGAUUUUUUCUUCUCAUAGAAUCAGUACUUUUAAGUCUAUCCGUAAAGACGAGAUCCAACGGCUCAUAACACUUCUCUCUAGAGACUCCCUACACGGAUUUGUUGAAGUGGAGUUGAAAUCAUUGUUAACCAACUUGGCAUUCAACAACAUCAUCAUGAUGGUAGCCGGAAAGCGAUAUUACGGUAGCGGUACAGAAGACAAUGAUGAAGCCAAGCUCGUGAGGGAACUUAUAUCGGAGGUAAUGACCGGCGCCAGUUCUGGAAAUUUGGCUGAUUAUCUUCCGAUCAUAAACUGGGUCACAAACUUUGAGAACCAGACCAAGAUUUUGGGGAAUCGACUUGAUAGAUUCCUGCAAAAACUGGUUGAUGAGAAACGUGCAGAGAAAGAAAAAGGUCAAACUUUGAUCAAUCAUUUGCUUUCUUUCCAAGAAACCGAACCCGACUACUAUACUGAUGUCAUCAUCAAAGGAAUCAUACUCGCUCUGGUAGUUGCAGGGACAGAUACAUCUGCAGUGACGUUGGAAUGGGCAAUGUCAAUUUUGUUGAACCAUCCAGAGAUACUUGAGAAAGCGAGAACGGAAAUCGAUGAAAAAAUCGGUUCAGACCGGUUAGUUGAAGAAUCAGACAUUGGGAAUCUCCAUUAUCUCCAAAACAUUGUGUCGGAAACACUACGUUUGUAUCCUGCGGUUCCACUACUACUCCCUCAUUUCUCAUCGGAUGAAGGUAAAGUGGCGGGCUACGAUAUGCCACGUCGCACGUUGUUAUUAACAAACGUAUGGGCGAUGCAUAGAGAUCCAAGUUUAUGGGAAGAGCCAGAGAGGUUCAAACCGGAGAGGUUCGAGAAAGAAGGAGAGACUCGAAAGCUAAUGCCGUUUGGGAUGGGACGACGAGCUUGUCCUGGAACCGAGCUUGGGAAGCGGUUAGUAAGUCUUGCUCUUGGCUGUUUGAUUCAGUGUUUCGAAUGGGAGAGAGUUGGUGAAGAACUUGUGGACAUGACUGAAGGCGAAGGGAUCACUAUGCCUAAAGCUACUCCGUUGCGAGCUAUGUGCAAGGCACGUGCCGUUGUUGGUAAACCACUGCUACACCGGACUCUAAGCCAUCUCUCGCACUCCCUCGGCCCCGUCUUUUCUAUACGCCUCGGCUCUCGCCUCGCCGUUAUCAUCUCGUCUCCAACGGCAGCAGAAGAAUGCUUUUUGACGAAAAACGACAUCGUUUUAGCUAAUCGGCCUCGUUUCAUCAUGGGCAAGUACGUGGCUUAUGACUACACCUCCAUGGUUACGGCUCCUUACGGUGACCAUUGGCGAAACCUCCGUCGUAUCACCGCCUUAGAAGUCUUCUCCACGAAUCGACUCAACGGCUCAGCAGAAAUCCGACAAGACGAAGUUAAGAGGCUUCUCCAAAAGCUUCACGGUUUAUCUGUCGAACGCCCGGCUAACGUGGAGUUACGACCGUUACUAACUGGUCUUACCCUAAAUGUGAUAAUGAGAAUGAUGACCGGAAAGAGAUUCUUCGAAGAAGAUGAGGGUGGAAAGGCGGCGAUAAGCUUGGAGUUCCGGGAACUAGUGGCGGAGAUUCUAGAGCUCUCCGCGGCCGACAAUCCAGCUGAUUUUUUGCCGGCUCUACGGUGGUUUGACUACAAGGGUUUGGUCAAGAGAGCAAAGAGGAUUGGAGAAAGGAUGGAUAGUUUAUUACAAGGGUUUUUGGAUGAGCAUAGAGCUAACAAAGACAGAUUGGAGUAUAAGAACACCAUGAUUGCUCAUUUGCUAGGUUCUCAAGAAAAAGAACCUCAUUACUACAGUGAUCAAACCAUCAAAGGUCUUAUACUGAUGAUGGUAAUAGGAGGUACGGAUACAUCGGCCUUAACCGUAGAAUGGGCAAUGUCAAAUUUAUUGAAUCAUCCACAAGUACUAGAGACCACGAGAAAAAACAUUGAUACUCAAAUGGAAUCAUCAUUAUCAUCAUCAAGUACUCGUCAAUUGUUGAAAGAAGAAGAUUUGGUGAACAUGAACUACUUGAACAAUGUUGUGUCCGAGACACUAAGGCUUUAUCCUGUGGCACCACUUAUGGUUCCUCAUUUGCCAUCUUCUGAUUGUGUAAUCGGUGGGUUUGAUGUUCCACGUGAUACGAUCGUGUUGGUUAACUUGUGGGCUAUACAUCGAGAUCCAAGGGUGUGGGAUGAUCCGACGUCGUUUAAGCCAGAGAGAUUUGAAGUGAGGGAUCAGUUUGGACAUUACAAUGGUAAGAUGAUGCCCUUUGGGUUAGGGAGACGGGUUUGUCCCGGGAUGAGUUUGGCUAACCGGGUUGUUGGGUUGUUGUUGGGUUCGAUGGUUCAGUGUUUUGAAUGGGAAAGUGGCUCAGGAGGUCAGGUUGAUAUGACUGAAGGUCCAGGACUUAGUAUGCCUAAGGCUGAACCAUUGGUUGUCACGUGCAGACCACGUGAGAUUGCUUCCGAGUUGUUGUUCACUGAAUAAGAAUGUCUAGAUUAAUUUUAUAAAAGGGUAUUAUAAGUUAAUACAUUAUAUGCAUAUAAUACAGUGAUUUAGAUUUUGGUUUGUUAUACACAAAAUGGUUGGAGACACUUUUUUUUUUUUUUGGCCAACUGGCAUGGGACUAUGUGUUUAUUGUAAUCAUGUAAUGUCAUAUGUAAUGUUGGUUGAGAUAAUAUAGUCCACAUAAAUUUGUUCUUAUCAAGUUAUCAUGGAUAUUUUGAAAGUUAUAAAGUUGUUCUAUCACU